AGCGGUUGUAUACAUCUACAUCAUUUUGGGUAAUUAUACGGUUUAAUUGUUUCUUUCCUGGUUUAACAUAACUCUGGUUUAUUAUGUGAACGCAUCUCGAUUAGGGCGGUAUGGUAAAAAUACUAAAAAAACGCGCCGCUCGAUACGACGUCGUGGGGAGUGAAACUGCCAAAACUAAACCCUCUUGACGAAAUAGAGUCUCUCUAUGCCUUAGGCUCUCCAGCCUCCUCGGCAUAGGAAGCGUAACAUAUAUAAGAAGAAAGAAAACUUACAGAGAGACAAAGGUUAGGCUUCAUCCAGAAUUUCAACGCUGCUUCUUAAAUAAGGUUGAUUAUUUUGUUUGAUUUGAUUUGAUUCAGCAGCACAAAUCUUUUCAUUGUAACACAAGUUAGGGUUUCAGGUACGAGUUUGUGGGAUUUUCUCUAUCUCAGUUGCACACUAUUAUUCUUCUUCUUAUCAAGAUUCUAGUAAAUUAUGUAUAUCCCUAAGAUUGGGUUGAUAUGUUUUUUUCCAGUGGAGGGGACACGUAAGUUGAAUAAGACGUAAACUAGGUACUCUUAUAGAGAUUGCUCAAAAAAAAAAAAGGGUACUCUUAUAGAGAACUACUAAAAGCUAUCUUUGUGCUUCCUUGAUGCGUACGUUUGCGUAAAGCAUUGUGAUACAUGAGCACAUAGACCAGAAGUAUGAUGAUGUCUUCUCUCUAUUUCUUGAUUUCAUGAAUUUUUCUAGGAUUUUCCUUUUUCCUUAUUGCCUUUUUCCUAGAGAGUUCUCACAUAUAAAUAAGGUUUAGGUCUCUGUAGAUAAAUUUUUACUCAGUUUCAGUUUCGAUUAUUAUAUCUCAGAGAAUACUUGUUAACAUAUAUUUUCAUCAGGUAUGGACUCUGAGGCUGUUUCAAAACCAGUGAUGCACAACGAUGUUGAUGAUAAUAAGCCUUUAGUGUUCAAGAAAAGUGUUGUUAUACCCUCAACUGUUAAGGAUGGAGAUUCUGAGGAUGAUACACCUUUACGUUCCAUAAUCUCCAUUGCGCCAGAACAAAAGAUCAACGGAAACAAAGGUUUGGAUAGGUCAAGUAGAAUCAUUAGACAUGAAGAGUCAGAUGAUGAUGAAGCUCCAAUAUCGUCAAGGUUACAAAAGAAGAAUGGAAAUAAACUUCUGGUUAAUAAGUUACAGAAUGAUUCCAAGCUUCAAAGUAAAGGGACAAAGGUGUCUGGCAAGAGACUUCUGGAGAAGGACAGUUCUACACAUCAAUCUUCCAUGAAAAAGCACAAGGCAUCAUCUUCAUCUGCAAAACAAGAUUCUGCGAAAACCGAAAAUUUAGAUAGAAAGAGAAAGGCUGUGGUAUCACCUAAUGAAACUGAUGAUGAUGAUGAUGAUGUUCCAAUUGCCAAGAGAAUCAAGUCAGAUUCCUCUAACAGUAAAACACCAUCUGCAAAGCUUAACGUAACAAAACAGAGUUCUACUUCAUCAUCUAAGAAGCCGGAAGUGACAAGAGGAGCUUCUCCUCCGCCCAAGAAAAGGAGCAAAAGAUCCAAGAAAAACUCUGAUUAUGCAAAGUCUUCAAAAUCUUUACGUUCUGGAGAUGGGAAAAAGAAAUGGACUACAUUGGUGCACAAUGGUGUCACCUUUCCACCACCUUAUCAACCUCAUGGGACUAAGAUUUUAUACAAGGGAAAGCCAGUCAACUUAUCUCCUGAGCAAGAAGAGGUUGCAACCAUGUUUGCUGUGAUGAGGGAGACAGACUAUUAUAACAACCCUUUAUUUAGAAAGAAUUUCUGGAGUGACUGGAGAAAACUACUUGGAAAGAAACAUGUGAUACAGACGCUAGAUGAUUGUGACUUUACCCCAAUAUAUGAGUGGCAUUUGGAAAAGAAGCAGAAGAAUAAAGAGAAAAAAGAGAAAAAACAGGAGCAGGAAGAGAAGUAUAUGUGGGCUAUUAUAGACGGUGUCAAAGAGAAAAUUGGGAACUAUAAGGUUGAACCUCCUGGGUUAUUCAGAGGCCGGGGAGAACAUCCUAAGAUGGGAAAGUUUAAGAGGCGUAUACAUCCUCAUGACAUCACUCUAAACAUAGGGAAAGAUGCUCCUAUCCCUGAAUGCCCCAUACCUGGUGAAAGAUGGAAAGAAAUAAAGCAUGAUAACACAGUCUCAUGGCUAGCAAUGUGGAAUGAUCCUGUUAUCUUAAGAAAGGAAAAGUAUGUUGGUCUGUCAGCUAGCAGUUCUCAGAAAGGACAAAGCGACAAGGAUAAGUACGAGAAUGCCAGGAAGCUUAAGGACCACAUAGAAAGUAUAAGAGAAGCUUACACCAAGAACUUUACUUCUAAAGAUGUUCUAAAGCGUCAGAUAGCUGUGGCUACCUAUCUCAUUGAUAAAUUGGCACUUAGAGCUGGUACUGAUAAGGAUGAUGAUGAGGCAGACACUGUUGGUUGCUGUACGCUAAAAGUAGACCAUGUGGUGUGCAUUCAUCCAAAUCAGUUAAAGUUUGAUUUCCUUGGUAAAGAUUCAAUAAGAUAUGAGAAUACUGUUGAAGUUGAGCCUCCUGUUUACAAAGCCAUUGGACAGUUCAAAGCUGGUAAAUCCAAUUCAGACGAUCUUUUUGAUGAGAUAGACGCAAACAAACUAAACGCUCAUCUUAAGGAGCUUAUGCCUGGACUCACAGCUAAAGUAUUCCGUACAUACAAUGCAUCCAUCACCCUGGAUAAAACGUUGCGUCGAGAAACCAAAGAUGGUGUUGAUGUCAACCAGAAAAAAAUAGUUUAUGAUCAAGCCAACAAGGAGGUGGCCAUAAUUUGUAAUCACCAGCGUGCUGUUACAAAGUCUCACGGUGCACAAGUCAAGAAACUGAAAGAUAAGAUAGAUGAACUCAAGGAGGGUCUAAAACAACUUAAAACCAACCUAAAGAGGGCUAAAAAGGGAGAAGCUCCAUUAGAGAGUUCAGAUGGAAAGAAAACGAGAAACAUAACUCCAGAAGCGUGGGAGAAGAAGAUAACUCAACAGAAGAUGAAGGCUGAGAAGAUGGAACGGGACAUGCAGACAAAGGAGGAUUUGAAAACUGUGGCCUUGGGAACGUCUAAAAUUAAUUACAUGGAUCCUAGGAUCACAGUAGCGUGGUGCAAACGUAAUGAAGUACCCAUUGAAAAGAUGUUCACCAAGACUCUCCAGGAGAAAUUUACGUGGGCAAUGGACGUGGAACCUGACUUCAGAUUCUAGCAUGCAGUAGCCGCAGCUUUGAAAAUUUCUGAUACUCUACGCUGUAUUCAUUACGAAUGUUAAUUAAAUAGUUGAGUAAGAAUGUUUUAUGUUUCUAUAUAUAACUUAGAGCAUCCACAUUAGUGAACCCCAUGAAAGGGGUUCACAAAACAUUUUUUUAUUAUUUUUUUUUUUGGAUUGAUUUUUGUUUUUUAAAAAAAAAAAAAAAAAAUUAUUUUUUCGGACCAGUCGCGGGCCGCCACGUGCCGUGGGGCCCGCGCUACAGUGAUGAACCAGGUUCAUGGGGAAGGGGUGGAGAGAGACAGGUUCAUCACUAUUCCUUAUUUUA